CUCGCCUCGCACCGGUCCGGCCGGACCAGCUCGAGGCUCCCGAGACCCUGCUCGCCGGACCCUGCCGCUGCCGCCUCCGCGCCGCUCCCCGCGAGGACCACCACCCGCAGCCAUGGGGCUCCUGCCCAAGCCCAGUGCGCCCCAGGGCAGCAGCGCCUCUUCGGGCCGAGCCAGCAGCUGUCCCCGCUCCGUCUUCCGCAACAUUAAGGUGUUCGUGCUCUGCCAAGGCCUCCUGCAGCUCUGCCAGCUCCUGUACAGCUCCUACUUCAAGAGCAGCCUCACCACCAUCGAGAAGCGCUUUGGGCUCUCCAGUUCUUCCUCGGGUCUCAUUUCCAGCUUGAAUGAGAUAAGCAACGCCAUCCUCAUCAUCUUUGUCAGCUACUUUGGCAGCCGGGUGCACCGUCCACGGCUGAUUGGCAUCGGGGGUCUCCUGCUGGCUGCAGGAGCCUUUGUCCUCACCCUCCCACACUUCCUCUCGGAGCCCUACCAGUACACCUUGGCCAGCGUUGGGAACAGCAGCCGCUUUCAGGCCGAGCUCUGUCAGAAGCAUUGGCAGGACCUGCCCCCCAGUAAGUGCCAGAGCACCCCCCAGAAUCCCCGGAAAGAGACAGGCAAUAUGUGGGGCCUGAUGGUGGUCGCCCAGCUGCUGGCUGGCAUCGGGACGGUGCCCAUUCAGCCAUUCGGGAUCUCCUAUGUGGACGACUUCGCAGAGCCCAACAACUCACCCUUGUACAUCUCCAUCUUAUUUGCCAUCUCUGUAUUUGGACCGGCUUUUGGGUACCUGCUGGGCUCUGUCAUGCUGCAGAUCUUCGUGGACUAUGGCAGGGUGGACACAGCUGCAGUUAACUUGACCCCAGAAGACCCCCGAUGGAUUGGAGCCUGGUGGCUAGGCCUGAUCCUUUCUUCAGCCUUCUUGGUUCUCAGCUCUUUCCCCUUUUUUUUCUUUCCUCGAACAAUGCCCACAGGAGUGGAGAGGUCUCCUGCCAUGGUGGAUGAUGCAAGAAUGAUGGAGGACAACGGCUCAAGAGGCUCCGUGGUGGAUUUUAUUAAACGGUUUCCCCGCAUCUUCCUGAGGCUCUUGAUGAACCCCCUCUUCAUGCUGGUGGUGCUAGCCCAGUGUACCUUCUCCUCUGUCAUUGCCGGCCUCUCCACAUUCCUCAACAAGUUCCUGGAGAAGCAGUAUGGCACCUCCGCGGCCUAUGCCAACUUCCUCAUUGGUGCUAUAAACCUUCCCGCUGCAGCCUUGGGGAUGUUAUUUGGAGGAAUCCUCAUGAAGCGUUUUGUUUUCUCUCUACAAACCAUUCCCCGAGUAGCUACCACCAUUAUCACCAUCUCCAUGAUCCUCUGUACCCCUCUCUUCUUCAUGGGAUGUUCUACACCAGCCGUGGCCGAGGUCUACCCCCCCAGCACAUCAAGUUCUAUACAUCCGCAGCCUCCUGUGUGCCGCAGGGACUGCUCGUGCCCAGAUUCUAUCUUCCACCCAGUCUGCGGGGACAAUGGAGUAGAAUACCUCUCCCCUUGCCAUGCCGGCUGCAGUGACAUCAACAUGAGCUCCGCAGCCUCCAAGCAGGUGACCUACUUGAACUGCAGCUGUGUGAAGGGGGGAUCCGCCUCAGCCAAGUCAGGAUCGUGUCCCAUCCCCUGCGCCCACCUCCUGCUCCCGGCCAUCUUCCUCAUCUCCUUCGUGUCCCUGAUCGCCUGCAUUUCCCACAACCCCCUCUACAUGAUGGUUCUGCGUGUGGUGAACCAGGAAGAAAAGUCAUUUGCCAUCGGGGUUCAGUUCUUGCUGAUGCGCUUGCUGGCCUGGCUGCCGGCUCCAGCCCUCUAUGGCCUCACCAUUGACUAUUCCUGUAUCCGGUGGAACUCACAGUGCUCUGGGAGGCGAGGGGCCUGCGCCUACUACGACAAUGAUACCCUCCGAGACAGGUACCUGGGCCUGCAGAUGGGCUACAAGGCCCUGGGGAUGCUGCUGCUUUUCUUCAUCAGCUGGAGGGUGAAGAAGAACAAGGAGUACGACGUGCAGGAGAAGGCUGCCGGCCUCGUCUGACCUGUCCGGGCCAUGCCUUGCACCUGAGAAUGGACCCUGCCACCUCUACACUUGCCUGCGGUCAUCAACGUUAACACAUCAUUGCCUUUACAUUUUUUAAAUAAGAAAGAAAACCCCAGUCACCAUUUGCCUUCUCUGCCUCCUCUUCCCAAAAGUCCCUCCUGUAGAUCCUAGGUGGGCCACAGUAGGGGAGCCAGGUCUUCCCACAUGCCCAGGCUGUCUUCAGGGCUGGGUCCUCCAAUGAGGAUGUGCUCUGAGGCAGCCUCUGUCCCUCACCAGCUCUGGCUGGGGCUGGAGGGGUGGAGGUAGGAGGCAUAAGUGGAGAGAGAAAAGGGUAUCUGCCCUCCUUCCCUGGCAGCCCAGCACUUUCUGACUGCCCGUGGCCUGCAGAGAAGUAAGAGGAAGGGGGUGGCUGAGUUGUUAAUAGCCACAGCCACUCGGGGUGUGGGGCCUGGCUGCAGGCCCCUUUGUACCUGGGUUUGGCAUCCGCACAGACUGUGGGAGGGGCUGGCUCCCAUCCCUCUGAGAUCCUGCCCCUAGAGACCAUUUAGGAAGUUGCCAUGUUGGGAAGUGUGGUCCUUGUCCUUACCUACACACAGAAACUAAAGACUAACACUGAGGAUGGGUCAUCCAAACCUUGUUCACAUGAACCCCGGACCUGUCUCUCCUUGGAUCUAUGCAUGUCUAUCCUUGUCUUUCUGAGGUCACGUUUAAAACUGAGAAAGUCACAGCACAGUGAAGACCCCCAAGGAGGGCCUACAAAAUGGUCCCAAUACCCAGCCUCCUACCCCCCAAAUAUGGAAUGAGACCCCUCAUCUCCAAGUAAUGGGAAGACCCUCCCCAUGUUACCCUGGGAGCAGAUGAGUGGGCUUCCCAUGAACGUCCCUGUCUGGACUUCAACCUGUAUCCUAAGGAGUAAAGAGAGGCUGUCUGGGAUGUCAGCAAAGCAUGUGAACAAGCAGAGCAGAUGUCAACUGUCACCAAGCAGAUGACAAGCUGCGGCCCACACACCGAGGCCAGGAAGGUUGACCUUCCUGAUUUCAGACACACUUGCAUUCAUCCCCAUUUUCUCAGCCUCUUCUCACUGCCCCCAGAGGAGUGGGCACCUGGGUUAGAGACAUUGCUGCUAUGUGAUAGAGGUUCAGAGAUAGAAGUCGACAAAGGGAGCCUUUCAAUAAUAAACAUGAUAUUUAUUGGAGCCCGGCUUUGUGCAAGGCAGUGCCAGUGCUAGUGCAUGGUUCUCUACUGAGUUUCCCUCAGCUCUUCCCUCACCUCCCUCCAUUUCCAUUAGGGCCUCCUCCCACAGGGCUCAGCGGACAGUGUGGGACAGGGGUGGGGAGUGAGGGCAGGCACAGCAAGAACCCAUAGAUGGUCAGAAAGGAUCUUGACCUCACCAUCCAUGCCGUCCAGGGCCCCACCAGACUGACUCUGCACUUGGCCCUUUGCCAGACAGAUACCUGGCUCACCAUGUCCUCUGGAGCAGCUGGGCAUUGGUCACACAUGACCUUUGAAUGCUACUCAUGGAAGACCUCCUCCAGAAGCACAUUUGAAGCCACCUCUGGAAAGUCCUCAUACGGUGAUAAGCCAACAAUUUUAUUUCAGUGGCCAAACUGCUGUGAGACUGGAGUCUUUGUGGAAACCAAUGUUACAGACAGCCUUAUUUACAAAGAUCUCACUCAGGAAAGGUGGCUGCAUGCAAUGUCAGGGGUGAGUUUCAGCAUUUGCAAUGGUUCUGCUUGGAAAAUGAUUCCCUGUAACUAACCCUGGUCUUUCUUGCUGCAAUUUAACCAAAUUCUGAAGGCAUUGCCUCCAGCUGAGUUCACGAACAAUGAAUGCCAACCUUCAGAUUCUGGAAGAUUGGUUGCCCUCUCAAACCUUUAUAGUAUUAUGAUAUUGCUAUUAAUAUAUUAUAAUUUUGCUAUUGAUGUAA